CUACGCAUUUUGCGAAGGAAGUUCGUAUAUCAACACCGAUUGAGUCACCGGAUAUAACAGGUACCCGAUUUCCAAAGCUUAGCAACGAUUCCAGACUCGACUUGUCAACAGUAAAACACCAAGAAAGACAGCAAUCAUGUCCGAGGUUGAGGAAACUAUCAAGAGGAUCUCCGCUCACAAGGGGGUUGGUGGUAUCAUCAUUGUGAAUACUGAAGGCAUUCCAAUAAGAACGACAAUGGACAACUCCACAACAGUUCAGUAUGCUGGCUUGAUUCACCAGCUUGCUGCCAAGGCCAGGAGCACAGUCCGUGACCUUGACCCACAGAACGACCUUACCUUCCUCAGAAUUAGGUCAAAGAAGCACGAAAUUAUGGUAGCCCCAGAUAACGACUAUUUGCUAAUUGUGAUCCAGAAUCCCAACGCCGUGUAAUGAAGUGACGUUUCCAACAGCAUUUUCACAUGUCAUAAUACAAGGAAUACCUGCUGAUUGUCAUCCAGAGCCCCAAUGAAGUAUAGAGCCCUUGGAUAAACCUUGGAAACAACAUCUUCUCUGUAGUGAUGAACACCCUUAUUAAACAAAAUGUUCUGUUGGACUUUGCUUGAAGUGUUUUUAGAGAAAAACUUACGUAUUAGGAAAUUAAUUGAUAAAAUACCAUAAGCUGUUCUCAAGGUUGCAAAAAAAGGUGUUCCUCUCAUUUUUAUAUGGUAUAUUAAAUUAAAUUAUAUGGUAUAUUAAAUUAAAUUAUCUUUUAUGCAAAAUCAGUAUUGUUAAGUUCUUGUAAGAAACCUAUUCAUUGUUAUAGUGUGACAUGUUCUGUCUAUCAUUUCAUUGUCUUUUUAGUUAUAUGAUAUUUGUACAUUAAUUUAAAAUCUCAUUCAAUAAACUAUUAAUUGAU